AUGGCACUCCCUCAUCCUUCCAAAGAUAUUUUCAUCGCCGCCGUCAUCGCUUCUUCUCUCACCACCGUAGCUUUCUUUGCCUAUGAUACUUACAAGCGCAGCACCACACGACGACAAGCUCUCUCUCGUAUUUCACCUUCGGUCCCGCGUACGCCGAACAACAAAACAACUAACCGUAGUGUUGGCAACCCUAUCGCACCUCAGAAUGAUAGCCGAGAGCAAAAGGUCACGCCCCAGUUCGAUGACGACCUCAUCCGCGAGUUCUUAGCAAGGAACUAUGCCUUUUUCGGGUCUCAAGCUAUGAACAAAGUCCGUUGUGCGUCCGUGGUGAUUGUUGGUUGCGGCGGAGUUGGUAGUUGGGCCGCUCUCAUGCUUCUCCGAAGCGGCGUCUCCAACAUACGGCUCAUCGACUUUGACCUCGUCUCCCUCAGCAGUCUCAAUCGUCACGCUUGCGCCGUCCUCGCUGACGUUGGUAUUCCAAAAGUCACCGCGUGCAAACAAUUCUUCAGCCGAGUCGCUCCCUGGGCCAACAUUGAUGCCCGAAUAGAACUAUGGCAGGAUAACACACAGGGGUAUGAGCUUCUUCAAGGAGCGGACUGGGUGAUCGACGCGAUCGACAACAUUAGCACAAAGGUGGACCUGCUCACGCACUGCCAUCGACACUGCAUUCCGAUCUUCGCAUCAAUGGGGGCUGGAGCCAAGUCGGAUCCAACAAGGGUGCAGAUAAGCGACAUUGCCUUUACACAACAAGACCCUCUCGCACGUUCUGUCAGGCGCCGGUUAAGACUGAACGGCAUUGACCAAGGGAUUCCCGUGGUCUAUUCUACAGAGGUGCCUAGUCAGGUCAAGCUUUUACCCCUUCCAGAAGACGAGUUUCAGAAAGGAUCCGUACAUGAACUGGGCGCGCUCGAUAAUUUCCGCGUCAGAAUCCUUCCGGUGAUAGGCCCACUUCCAUCUAUAUUCGGCUUGCAUAUUGCGAGUUACAUCAUAUGUCAGCUGGCAGGCAAGCCGAUCCCUCACCCCCUCCCUUCUAAGAAUAGAUGGAAGCUCUACGCUUCUCUUACAAAAGAUCUCGCUGUCCGCGAAGGGAGACUUGAACCCGAUGGGCUUCAAAGGAAACUCCCUAUCGACGAACGGGAUGUGGGGUACAUUUUCGAUGACCUUCAUAGCAGUCGUUCGGUCGUACCACCACAUUCCCUUCUCGCAAAACCCGUCCUCACGAGAUGGGACGUGCGACAGCCUCUAUCGCUCAUUAAUUGUGUCGUCUUGUCUCAAGAUGACCUUGGGAGAUUGGACGCAAAAGGUGGAAUCGGCGAUGAGGUAGAGUGGUGGGGUGGUAACGAAGGAGAUGAGAAUGCGGUGAUCGGUCAAGUGGUCCGCGCUAUCGUUCGCCGACGACAAGAGGAAGCUCGAGAAGUUCUGGAGCGACUCUGA